UUUUGCCGUUUAUAUAAAAGCGAAUCAAGUUGGCGGGACUUCAGUACAUUCAAAUAUAGCAACGUAUAAACACGAAAUCAAAGAGUAAAUAAAGCGAUUUAUUUUAAAGUGAAUCUACGAAUUCUAGUAAAGUGAAAAAAGUAUUUUUGUGUGAAAAAGUAAAUUUAACAUCGUUAUAAUGGUGAAAGCUCCAGCAAUUGGAAUCGACCUGGGAACUACAUACUCCUGCGUUGGUGUGUGGCAGCAUGGAAAAGUGGAGAUUAUUGCAAACGAUCAAGGUAACAGAACAACACCAAGUUAUGUUGCUUUCUCCGAUACAGAACGUCUUCUCGGGGAUGCUGCAAAAAAUCAGGUAGCGAUGAACCCCAGUAAUACAGUUUUUGAUGCCAAACGACUGAUUGGUAGAAAAUAUGAUGAUCAAAAAAUCCAACAAGACAUCAAACAUUGGCCAUUUAAAGUUAUUAAUGAUGGUGGUAAACCGAAAAUUAAAGUAGAAUACAAAGGAGAAAAGAAAACAUUUGCUCCGGAAGAAAUCAGUUCGAUGGUUCUAACUAAAAUGAAAGAAAUAGCCGAGGCAUACUUAGGAACUACUGUAAAAGAUGCUGUAAUUACUGUGCCAGCCUACUUUAAUGAUUCCCAAAGGCAAGCCACUAAAGAUGCAGGUGUUAUUGCUGGUCUUAACGUAUUAAGAAUUGUAAAUGAACCGACUGCAGCAGCUCUAGCUUAUGGAUUAGACAAGAACUUAAAAGGUGAAAGAAAUGUACUUAUUUUUGACUUAGGAGGAGGUACUUUUGAUGUAUCCAUUCUAACCAUAGAUGAAGGUUCGUUAUUUGAAGUUAGGGCCACUGCAGGGGAUACCCACCUAGGAGGAGAAGAUUUUGAUAACAGACUGGUUAAUCAUUUCUCUGACGAAUUCAAGAGAAAAUAUAAAAAAGAUCUACAGAGUAAUCCACGAGCUUUGCGAAGAUUAAGAACAGCUGCCGAAAGAGCAAAACGAACACUAUCGUCUAGUUCUGAAGCUACAAUUGAAAUAGAUGCUCUUUAUGAAGGUAUUGAUUUCUAUACAAAGAUUAGCAGAGCCCGAUUUGAAGAAUUAUGCUCAGAUUUAUUUAGAGGGACUCUUCAGCCUGUCGAAAAAGCUUUAAAUGAUGCAAAAAUGGAUAAGGGACAAAUUCAUGAUGUAGUUUUGGUUGGAGGUUCAACAAGAAUUCCGAAAAUUCAACAACUUUUGCAAAAUUAUUUCAGCGGAAAGUCUUUGAAUCUGUCUAUCAACCCAGAUGAAGCUGUGGCUUAUGGAGCAGCAGUUCAGGCAGCUGUCCUAAGUGGUGAAACUGAUUCCAAGAUUCAAGAUGUACUACUAGUUGACGUAACUCCUUUAUCAUUGGGUAUUGAAACAGCUGGUGGUGUGAUGACGAAAAUUAUUGAACGAAAUGCUAGAAUCCCAUGCAAGCAAACUCAAACAUUUACCACUUAUGCUGAUAACCAACCAGCAGUAACAAUCCAAGUGUUUGAAGGUGAACGAGCUAUGACAAAGGAUAAUAAUCUCUUAGGAACAUUUGAUUUAACUGGUAUUCCACCAGCAGCUCGUGGUGUUCCAAAAAUUGAAGUUACCUUUGACUUAGAUGCCAAUGGAAUACUCAACGUUUCUGCCAAAGAUACAAGCUCUGGAAACUCACGCAACAUCACUAUCAAAAAUGAUAAGGGACGUCUGUCACAGAAAGAUAUUGAUAGAAUGGUAUCUGAAGCUGAGAAAUAUAAGGAAGAAGAUGAAUGCCAAAGACAGAAAAUCGCUGCUAGAAACCAACUGGAGGGCUAUGUUUUCCAAUUAAAGCAAGCUAUUCAAGAUUGUGGUGACAAGUUGUCAUCAGAUGACAAAUCUAAAAUUGAAAGAGAAUGCGACAGCUGUUUGAAAUGGUUAGACAACAAUUCUUUGGCAGAAAAGGAAGAGUAUGAGGAAAAACAUAAAGAGCUGACCAAGGUGUGCAGUCCAAUUAUGGCGAAAUUAUACCAAAGUGGUCAACCUAACCAAUCUGGAAAUGGUAUGCCUGAGAGUUGUGGUCAACAAGCAGGUGGAUUUGGAGGAAGACCAAGUGGACCUACCAUUGAGGAAGUUGAUUAA